UUGGCGCGGUCAAGGUGACUAGGGCUGAAUCCGGAGCAUUCACGACUCUAAGCGUGUUGGAAUGGAUCGACCAAGUUCACUUCACCGCGAUGGCGACAGACCUGGACCCGGCUACUGUCGUCAGCGCGAUCAACUCCAUUGCCAUAUUGCUACGCCAUCUCUCCGAGCGUGUCAGUUCAGUCGAACGACGGCUCGACGGACUUGAAGCUGUAAAACACGGCCAGGCGGUCUCCGACCCGGCCACUGCCAAACAACUCGCCUCCACGCCUGACGACACCCCCAAGGCGAAUCAGGCUCAAGGUGACGGCUUCGUCUCGUUUGCAAAUAACCAUGCAUCGCGAGAGCAGAGCCCGACGAAGGCAUCGCCGCCGUCAUGUCUCGAUCACGCGACUUGCGACAUCCGCCGCCAUCUGGAGCCCCUGAACACCAGUAUCCAGAUCCUAACCACGCACGUGCUCCGCCUUGAGAAGACCAUCACCCAAACGACUUCUCAGAUUCCCAGGCCCGCAAAAGCUUCUGUGACAUCCAGCAUCGAUUCCGGCCACAGCAACGCAUCCUGCACAUUAUCAUCGCAACCGCAAUCCCAAGGUCAUAUUCCCAGGUUCCGCAAACGUCCCUCUAGCACAACUUCCGCGUCCAGCAAACCAGCCUCCUCUCCAGCGCUUGCCUCUUCACAGCGAAGAAAGCCCGCGACGCCUCCACCCUCGGGCACAUCGUGGGAAGGACCUUGGCCGGCGGUCAGCGCUUCAACGUCUACUGCUGCCCAUGGUUAUAUGCCCCCUGUCUUCGGCCAAGCGUCUACGCCAGCGAGCAGUGUCAAGAACUUUGGCAUCGAUAUUUCCAACAGUCCGUUUACUUUCUAUGCUGGGAUAGGCGGCGCGUCGCCUUUCGCGAAGUUGGCGAUGAAGAGGAAGAAGAAUGCCGACGAGAACGCUGGUCGGCCCAUCUCUGAAAAAGCGGCUGCGCUGUCUGGAAGUCCGUCCAGUGACUCUGAGGGCAACAGGAAAACUAGUAUUGGAAACAUACGUAGGAGCGCGAGUCUCAGCCGAAGUACGGGACAAAAGGAAGGGAUGGGCCCGGGAAGACGACAAGCAAGAACAAGCUUUGGCCCUGUACUUUUCAGGCCCAUGUCCGCGGCGAUGACGAGAAGGAGUCUACCAGUCUUGCGCUUGGAAAACACGGAGAAGAGGGACAGGGCGGAGAGGGCACGAUUUGACGCCUUGCCGACGAGGAAGGCCACGGAUGUUGGGUACAAGAGGUGUUCGCUGCUUGGGGAGACGCCGGAGAAGUCUGCAAAGCAAAAAGGGAUUUCGUUUGAGGCGGGAAGGGAAUUAUCGGCUGCGGAUGGGCAGAAGAAAUGGAACUGUUUUGAGGGGCUGUUUCAGGUAGGGAGCUGGUUGGAAUUGUAUAUUCUUCGAGUGAUGGAGCGAUGAAGGUUGGGGAACAGACUGGCAGGUAGGCUAGGCUGCCAGUAACCUCUGGGUGCGUACUCAGCACUUUACAUGUGGAAGUCGGUAUCUUGUUCAUUUCCACCUCACCGACCAAAGUUAGAGCCCAAUACAGACAUGCCGACCUCUGUAUCUCCUUACCAACCAUCAUCCGUUUCCGCCAAUUCUCACCCCACGCAGAGGGG